CAGCUACGAAACGUGAAUGUGUCCUGUUGGCCCUGGGUCUGUUCGAUUAAUCGUUGAUAUACAAGGCACUGGUCAUCCUUCGCACCUUGUAAUUUUCCAAGGCUGUCACCAAACCAUUUAUUUUCCUUAUGUCCUCGUUGGCUCAUAUUGCUUUAGAACGUGGUGAAAGACGCACAGGGUGAUCUGUUCAGUCCAACAGGACGAUGUUCAACGACCUUUGGCCCCUGUGGAGCUACUGCGUGGUCCUGCUAUUAGGGAUCGCGUGUUACUUUCUGUCCGGUUGGUUCCGGAUUAUUCGCUUCGUCCUGCAACUGUCAGGACCUCCCGCUGUGCCCCUGCUGGGAAAUGCUCCCCUCAUCACUAACCAACAAAGACUCUUAGAACUAGGUAAGACAGCUUACAAGGAAUAUGGCCCGGUGUUUCGUGCGUGGGUUACAGUGAUACCAACUGUUGUCAUACUGGCACCAGAACAUGUACAGGUCAUCUUAAGCAGUUGUAAAUACACAGAAAAGAUCUGUUUCUAUAAACUGCUACACAGCUUUCUUGGACAGGGGCUGGUCACAAGCAGUGGAGAACAGUGGAGACAUCACAGACGUCUGAUACAGCCGAGCUUCCAUCUCAGUAUUUUGGAGGGCUUCAUAGAGACAUUCUAUGACAGUGCCCAACUCCUGGUGGCAAAACUGAGCACUGAAGCAGACCUAAGUUCUAUUAAUAUCACAGCUCCUAUUAAUCAGUGCGUGCUGAACAUUCUACAUGAGGCUGUUUUGGGGAUACCUAUGGCUACCAAGACUACCGAUAUUUUAGAUUCACCAUUUCGACAAGGGAAGGUGGUGGCACCAUAUCGCUUACUUCACCCAUGGCUGUUGCUGGAUUUAAUUUACAGACUGACAGAUGUUGCAAAGCAUGAGUUACAGCAGCAGAAAAAUAUCAAUGACUUCACCAGAAAGAUAUUAAAUGAAAGGUGCAGAGGAAAGCAAGCCCAAGAUCCCCUACCUGGCUGCAUGGGAAAACCAGGCAAGAAGUCAUUUUUGGACCUGAUGAUUCAGGUGACCAAAGAGCAUGAAUCAUUCUCUGAAGAAGAUGCAAUUCAUGAGCUCUGUACAUUCAUGCUGGCGGGUCAGGAUUCAGUGGGGUCUGCCUUGGCAUUUAGCCUGUUUGAACUGGCAAGACACCCACAUGUGCAAGAACUCGCUGUACAAGAGCUAUAUGAUGUGUUUGGAGAUGACCAGCGGGUACCUAGCCUUAGUGACCUCGGACGACUCACAUACUUGGAUCAGUGCAUCAAGGAGACCCUGAGGAUGUACCCCAGUGUGCCUCUGAUAUUUAGGACACUCACACAGGAUGCCAAGCUAGGUACUGCAAGAGUUAAUGGUCAGUCAGCUGAUGAAGAAAUUUUCACAGGCCAGUACACUGUCCCAGCAGGCUGUGGGAUACUGAUCUCCCCGUUCGCCACACAUCAUCUGCCUGGAAUCUACCCAGAACCUGAGAAGUUUGAUCCAGACAGAUUUUUGCCUGACAAGGUAGAGAGCCGGCAUCCAUAUGCAUUUAUCCCCUUCAGCGCAGGGCCCAGAAACUGCAUAGGUUACAGGUUUGCAUUGAUGGAAAUGAAGACUAUCAUCUCUACUAUUCUAAGAAGGUACCGACUGUCCACUGUGGUAGGACAUGAGAACCUGAGGCUGAUGUACCGCAUCACGAUACGUGCUAGUGGUGGCAUCUGGCUGUGCCUCACCCCAAGGGUGCAAUCCUCCUAUCACUAAACUAACAAAGCCAGUGAGUAAGGUCUUGUUAGUCCUGUUGUUAUCUAAUAUGGAAGAGGCUGGUUUUCUGUUGCAUGUACAGUUGGCCUCCCUUUCAGAAUGGUCUGUUUUACAGUGGUCAUAAUUUAUGGUGGUCCUGUUUAUGAAUAUCCACAUUUAUAAUGUGUAUAAUAUCCAUCAAUGGAUAGAUUUGCAGUGCAACUUCCAACAUGAUGGCUGCCGAAUAACUUAGCAUACUCCUAGUUUUGUAUGUUGCUUGGUAUAGAGCUUUUGCUAUUAAGUGUCUUUUUAUUUUCAUAUGUUAAACAGUCUUAAAUGUGUAUUAAAACAUAUUGCUGAGUGAUUUUUCAAAUGUGAAAUGUAAAUAGAAAGUGAGUUUGGAAAUUAAAUGAAAGGCAACUAAA